GCCGCGCGCUGGCGGGGCUCCGCAUUGCACACUCUGGGGGCGCCGCAGUGUUCGUGGGAUGGGGCAGCGGGCUGCCGCUGGCGGCCGGAAUCCGCGCGCAGCCGGGGUGCAAGUUCUCUUCAGUCAUCCUCAGUCCCCUCUCCCGGGCCCCCUGUAUGAGUGACACCUCGGUCUGCCAUGGAACCUGGCCCUGCCCUGGCCUGGCUUCUGCUGCUGAGCCUGCUGGCUGAUUGUCUGAAAGCUGCUCAGUCCCGAGACUUCACAGUGAAAGACAUAAUCUACCUCCACCCUUCAACCACACCGUACCCUGGUGGAUUUAAAUGUUUCACCUGCGAAAAGGCAGCAGACAAUUAUGAAUGCAACCGAUGGGCUCCCGACAUCUACUGUCCUCGAGAGACCAGGUACUGCUAUACUCAGCACACAAUGGAAGUCUCGGGAAAUAGCAUCUCUGUCACCAAACGCUGCGUUCCGCUGGAAGAAUGCUUGUCCACUGGCUGCAGAGACUCUGAGCAUGAAGGCCACAAGGUCUGCACUUCCUGUUGUGAAGGAAAUAUCUGUAACUUGCCACUCCCCCGAAAUGAAACUGAAGCUACAUUUGCCACAACAUCACCCAUAAAUCAGACAAAUGGGCACCCACACAGCAUGUCAGUGAUCAUGUCCUGCUUGUGGGUGUGGUUGGGACUCACAUUAUAGCAGUGCAGAGGCUCCCUGCACAGGUGUGAUCAUGGGCAUCCCGAUGAUGCAUCAUCACGCAUGAGUCAUUGACCUGACGGUAGUUAUGCGUGAAACUACAACACUCAUGAUGUCUUCACAGCCAAGCAUUACCACUUACCUUAAGGAACAAGCAUUGCUUCAGUGUA